UAUCAACAGUGUUAUAGGGGGGGUCGGUAUUAAAGAAGUAAUAACGAAGUUUUUUAUAUCAGUGUCAACGGGAAGAAAUUCCUUUAUAGACCAACAAAAUGAUUUUUAUUGUAUAUUAGUUAUUGUUUGUAGUUUUACGGAAUAAGGCAAACAAGAAUUUAUGACAUCGUUAAACUACAGACUAACGUCAACCCAUACGCGAAUCGUCCUUGAAAAGACUAGUUAAUUGGAAUGAGUAAAGAACGUAGUAUAGUUAAUAUAAUAUUCGCUUGUAAAACUGGCAAAUAUAUAGUACCAGUUAAAGAAAAUUUGUAUCGAAAUGAAUUCAUUUAUUCUCUAAAGAUUGAAUAUGUCAAACGUAAAUGUCUAUCGUUUUCUAUCAACAACUGGAAUUCAAAGAUUAAACUUUGACUUUACUGAUGACUUAUAUAUACCUCUAGGUAGCGUUAUUAAUCGCUAUAAAUUACAAUUAGAAAACAUAUUUCCUAUGAAUUAUUCUGAUUUUGAUCCAAGCAGAUUAUUACAAGUUGGAAAUUACGUGUCUGUUAUAGUUCUAGCGGCAGACGGAAGAUCCAUAUUCAGACAAAACAUUUUUAACGAAAUAGUGCAGUUAGACGUGAAAAUUCAUAAUAUUAGCGUGUAUGUGGACGAAGAAAUGUGGCAUUAUCAAGAUCUGUGCUCCACCGAAUCAGGAAAGUGUUUAGAAAAUAAAAUAAUAUCAAUAGGCGAUCGAAUCAAACUCAUUGAAAACGGUACACUUUAUCCAAAAUAUCCUUCCGAGCAAAAUAAAACCAUCGAAAAUGCCUUAUCCUUGGGAGGCGUUAACGUUGACGAGAACUUGAAUAUUGUCUCUGCAAAAGCACUCAGAUUGAUCUAUUUCCUCUCCAAGAAAAAUAAACGCCACGCAUUAAUUACUAAAACAUGGGAAGAAAAGUUUAUUAAAAUAAUCGGAGAAGCAAAAUUCAAAAGUAUCAAAGUUGAACGAGAUGCAUCGAUCUCCAAAGAACAAUUGAAAAAAGAAAAUAUUUUCGUUGGCUUCAAACAUAUUUCUCCAGCUUCAAUUUUAAUUUGUAUUUUUACAAUAGUCACUUGCUCGUUUCCAGACUUACGUGAAAGCAAACCGUGGACGGGAAUAUUGUCAAUAAUAGCAACAGUAAUGAGCGUCGUUUCUGGAUUCGGCGCUUUAAUAUAUAUUGGAACUGCCAUGUCUACAAUUACGAUAAUUGUACCCUUUUUAAUUUUGGGAAUCGGAAUCGAUGACACAUUUAUCUUGUUAUCGGCAUGGAGGAAGACCGAUACGAGCAAAUCAGUAGAGUGGAGAAUGGGAGAAGCACUGUCAGAAUGCGGUGUAUCCAUCACGAUAACAUCAAUUACCAAUAUUGUAUCAUUCAUUGUUGGUGCAUUAAUCACGAGUUUACCAGUUCACGGUGUGUUUUGUAUUUAUAUGGCAACGUGCUUGGUAUUUGAUUACGUAUACCAAAUCACGUUUAUUGUAGCUGUGAUGGCUUUAUGGGGAAGAGCUGAAGAAAAAAAUUUAAAUUCUUUUAUUUUCACUCCAUUGGAUUUAAAUUCCGAUUCAGAAAAGAAAACAUGUACACGAAAAUAUUUAUGCUGUGUGGAAAAGAAAGACUCCUCUAAUCUGUCUGCCUGUUUAAUAUCAUGCAACGAAUAUUGGAAAUUAUUAUUACAAUCAAUGACAAAUUAUAAAAUCAUAUCCGUUAUUAUUUUCUCUUAUUUGGUUUAUCUUAGUAUAGCUGCCUGGGGUUUCACUCAAUUAAGUUUCAGAGCUACAUUUAAUAUGGGAUUACUAUAUAAUUCAUAUCAAUAUUCCUAUUUUAAAGCAUACCAAGACAAUUUCCAUCAGUAUCAGUACCGACUGCAAAUAUUUAUUAUGCAAGAACUGGAUUAUGCAGAUCCCGAAAUCCAAACUAAAAUUGAAAAUAUAACGCGGUCGAUCGAAAAUGAUCCGCUGAUUUCUGGGUCCCUCUUUACAGAGUCUUGGUUGAGAAGUUAUCUUCAAUUUAUUAAUCACAAAAAUGUUGUACCCAUGUUACAAAGUUUUAAUUUAACCGAUUCGAAAGACUUUUUAUUAAUUCUUCGAACGUUUUUCUUUCGUCAUCCCGCAGCCAGGAGAUUCAGGAAGGAUGUUGUAUUCGACCAAAAUUAUACGAAAAUCGUUGCCAGUCGUUUUCUUUUCCAAACGAACAUAACCAGAAAUGGAAAUCAAUUUUACAAUCGAGUAAAGAAUUUGAGAGAAACAUUAGAAAAAUCUGAAUAUAGAACAAUUUUAUACCAUCCGUUAUUUUAUUAUUUCGAUAUAUUGGAUGUGAUACCCGUAACAGUCGUUCAAACUCUGACGUUGAUUAGCGUUGUGGUAUUCGUAAUAUCCGCCAUUUUCUUAUCAGACGUUGUUUCUAUUCUUUGCGUAUUGUUGACAAUAUUAUCAGUAAUGUUUGGCGUCGUCGGUUACAUGUCUCUUUGGGAUGUCAGUUUUGGAAUAAUGUCUAUUUCCAUCCUAGUCAUGGUUUGUGGAUUUUCUGUUGAUUAUGCAGCGCACGUGGUUUGUGCCUACAGUUCAUCGAAGGAAACGGAUCCGAAGAAACGCCUGAUCACUGCAGUCGGUUUAACAGGAAUGCCAAUUUUCCAAAGUAGUAUUACAAUGAUUUUAGUGGUUAUAGUUUUUGUAACUCGUCCUUCACUAGAAUUUUUCGUUUGUAUGAAAAUCAUAACAUUAGCUUCUCUAAUAUCUGCGAUUCAUGGAAUUGUUUUUGUUCCAGUAAUGAUUAGUGUUUUGAAUUGUAUAUGGAAUAAUGUUUUCCUAAGAAAAAGUGUAGACUUUAUAACUUAA